AGUGCCAGCUGCCGGGCAGCAUGCACACGGGAGCGACGACCGGCCCGCCGCACCGACGCCGCGGGGACGCUUGACCGGACAGACAGGUUGAAGCCGAGGAUAGCCCCUGCAGACCGCGCCUCGGCGACAGCGCCAUGGACGGCCUGGACAACACCACCCUGCUCCUUGCCCCGUCCUCGCUGCUGCCUGACAACCUCACCCUGUCGCCUAACGCCAGCAGCACGAGCGCCAGCACCCUCUCGCCUCUGCCUGUCACUUCCAGUCCCAGUCCCGGGCUCAGCCUCGCUCCGACUCCGAGCAUCGGCUUCAGUCCCGACUUGACCCCGACUCCAGAGCCCACGAGCAGCAGCCUCGCGGGCGGCGUGGCAGGCCAGGACUCCUCCACCUUUCCCCGGCCCUGGAUCCCCCACGAGCCCCCAUUCUGGGACACGCCGCUCAACCACGGGCUGAACGUGUUCGUGGGCGCCGCCUUGUGCAUCACCAUGCUGGGCCUGGGCUGUACCGUGGACGUGAACCACUUCGGAGCGCACGUCCGGCGGCCGGUGGGCGCUCUGCUGGCUGCUCUCUGCCAGUUCGGCUUCUUGCCGCUGCUCGCCUUCUUGCUGGCCCUCGCCUUCAAGCUGGAUGAGGUGGCCGCGGUGGCCGUACUCCUGUGUGGCUGCUGUCCCGGUGGAAAUCUCUCCAAUCUCAUGUCCUUGCUGGUGGAUGGUGACAUGAAUCUCAGUAUCAUCAUGACCAUUUCUUCCACACUCCUGGCCCUGGUGUUGAUGCCCCUCUGCCUCUGGAUCUACAGCCGGGCUUGGAUCAAUACCCCUCUGGUGCAGUUACUCCCCCUAGGGGCCGUCACCCUGACUCUCUGCAGCACUCUCAUCCCUAUUGGGCUGGGCGUCUUCAUUCGCUACAAGUACAACCGGGUGGCUGACUACAUCGUGAAGGUUUCCCUGUGCUCUCUGCUCGUGACUCUGGUGGUUCUCUUCAUAAUGACCGGCACCAUGUUAGGACCCGAACUGCUGGCAAGCAUCCCUGCAGCCGUUUAUGUGGUGGCCAUUUUUAUGCCUCUGGCGGGCUAUGCCUCGGGUUAUGGCUUAGCUACCCUCUUCCACCUUCCACCCAACUGCAAGAGAACUGUGUGCCUGGAGACCGGAAGUCAGAACGUGCAGCUCUGUACCGCGAUUCUCAAACUGGCCUUCCCCCCGCGCUUCAUAGGCAGCAUGUACAUGUUCCCUUUGCUUUACGCUCUCUUCCAGUCAGCGGAAGCAGGGGUGUUCGUUUUAAUAUACAAAAUGUACGGAAGCGAGAUACUGCACAAGCGAGAGGCCCUGGAUGAAGAUGAUGACACAGAUAUCUCUUAUAAGAAACUAAAAGAGGAGGAGCUGGCAGACACCUCCUAUGGCACCGUGGGGACAGAUGACUUAGUGUUGAUGGAAACCACCCAGACUUCCCUCUGAACGGGGAGAUGCCCAGGAGUCUCCAUUUGGCUGAAAUACCACUUUGUGACCAUGGUAGUGCGUAUGGGUCCCAUCCAGGAUAAGGAUGGGUUGGCGUUUCCUGUAACAGAUUCGAUCUUCCCACUGUAAUGUUGCACCUCAGUAUUAACCGUGUGUUUUUAUAACCCAUCAGUGUCCCAAUGUUGCUUUCACCUGGAUCAGCUAGACUGCCGCCGCUUCCUCUGCUCGAGUGUGCUGUUUGCUCUUGUCUGUCUGUUUUGCCCAUUCCACCAGCAUCGCUACAGAGGGGGUGGGAGGGGAGGGAAGGGGCUGGAAAUGUAGAUGUCUGGUGCAUACAUGAGUAAAAUUGUAAAACAGAAA